AUGUCUUGUAAUAAAAUAUUUGUUUGUGGAGCUAGUGGAAAUGUUGGAUUGAAUUUAAUGAAAUCCCUGGAAAAGAAAGGAUCGAUGAUUAAGGCUGGUGUCCGUGACCCUUCAAAGUUUAAAUGCAAUCUAAAGAAUGUGGAACCUGUCAAGUUUGACUACAAGGACAAGAGUACCUGGGAUAUGGCAUUAAAGGGAUGUGACAAGAUCUUUAUGAUUGCAUUGCCAAUGGAUAUGACACCAGAAUCGUAUUUGGGACCACUCAUUGAAAAGUGCAAGGAGAUGAAAUUCAAAAAGAUUGUCUUUUUGUCGGUUGUCAAUCCAGAGAAACUCCAAUUGUUCAACGUCGAGAAUUUAAUCAAGAAUUGUGGUAUCAACUAUGGUAUCCUUAGACCACCAUUCUUUAUGGACAACUUCUCAUCUGGAUUUAUGCGUCAAGAAGUUGACAAGGGUUGUAUCUCUUCACCAGCUGGUCAACAUGCAAUCUCUUUCAUCUCAUGCAAGGAUAUUGGAGAUUGUGCCUGCGAGAUGCUCAUCACUGACAAACACAACAAUCAAAUCAUUGAAAUUACCGGCCCUGCUCCAUUGACAUUCACCCAAAUCUCUCAAAUGCUUGAAAAGCAAUUGAACAAGUCGGUCAAGUACAAUUUGGUAUCCGAGUCUGAUUUCUUUAACGGUGCCAAAAAGAGUGGUAUGCCAAGCUCGAUGGUCAAGUUUUACGAACUUCUCUAUGAACCAAUCAUGAUGGACAAGAAUGCCAAAGUCACCAAAGGUGUUGAACAAAUCACAGGUCACAAACCAAUGUCAUUUGAAUGUUUCCUCAAAGAAGGUAAUUUCAACAAGCCAGUUGGUCCAUCAAUGUAA